GUACCAAUGGCAGACAGCGCAGGAGAAUGGUGUUUGAUAGAAAGUGAUCCCGGAGUAUUCACAGAACUCAUUAAAGAAUUUGGAGUUGAUGGUGUUCAGGUAGAAGAACUGUGGAGUUUGGAUGAAGACAGCUUUAAAGAUCUAGAGCCAGUGCACGGACUGGUGUUUCUGUUCAAGUGGGUAAAGGAUGAUGAACCGGCCGGAUCCAUCGUACAGGACAGUCGGUUGGAGAAAAUCUUUUUCGCCAAGCAGGUGAUCAACAAUGCUUGCGCUACACAAGCCAUCCUAAGUAUUCUGCUAAACGCGUCCCAUUCGGACAUUAGUCUUGGUGCUACGCUGACCGAUUUUAAAGAGUUUGCCUGUACCUUUGACGCGUACAAUAAGGGUCUCGCGCUUAGCAAUGCCAGCCAGAUCCGAACCGUGCACAAUUCGUUUGCCCGGCAGACGCUUUUCGAGCUGGACAACAAGAGUUCUGGCAAGGAAGAUGUGUUCCAUUUCGUCGGUUACGUGCCAGUGGAUGGGCGGCUGUAUGAACUGGAUGGGCUGAAGGAGGGUCCGAUUGAUCACGGAGCCGUUGGUCCCGGACAAGAUUGGCUGAAGGUGGUGCGUCCGAUUAUCGAGAAGCGCAUGCUAAAGUACAACAAAGGGGAAAUCCACUUUAAUCUGAUGGCGAUCGUGUCCGACCGGCAGCUUAUUUAUCAGCGGCAGAUCGAUGAGCUGCUGAAUUCCGAUGAAAGCGAGAUGGAAACGGACGCGAAGCAGGAUAAAAUCAAUCAUCUGAAAAUGCUGAUCGAUGAUGAGGCGGCCAAGCGCAAGCAAUACAAGACGGAGAACAUUCGCCGCAAGCACAACUAUCUGCCAUUUAUUGUGGAGUUGCUUAAGGCGCUGGCGGAGAAUGGGCAGUUGAUGCCGCUGUACGAAAAGGCAAAGCAACGCGCCCUGCAGCGAGAGGAAGCAAAGUCGAAGCAAUCAUAAAAUGGUUCCUUCUUUCUUCAUGCAUUUUCAUUUUCGUAAUAAACUUUUUCUACAACGGUUA